AUGUUGGCCUCUAGUCGCCCCCCUGCGCUGGUGCACCCUGGAGCUAGGCGAUCCCCCGCGGUCGUCGUCCGUGCAGCAGCAUCAACUGGCACUGCUGCGCCUGCGGCAGCGAUCGAUGCACUCAAGAGGGGCGUCGCGCAGCCCGGCAGCGUCCCGGCGCCCGCCAUGCUGUCCGCCAUGCUGGAGCUGGAGCGGGCCAAGCUGAGCCCAGAGCCCUGGCUGGCUUCGAUCGAGGCCCCACGGGCGCGCUGGCGGCUGAUAUUUACGGCUGACUCGAAGCAGGUGCAGGCGGGCCAGAAGAAGCAGCCCAGCAAGGGCGGCAUAUUCUUCCCCAUCCCUGCUGUCCAGAAAUUCGACCCUGUAACAAAGGACUUUGAAAACGGCGUCUUCCUGGGCCCCAUCGCCUCCCUCACAUUCAACGGCCCCUACACCAUGGCUGGCCGCCAGCUCAGCUUCGACGUGCGCAGCAUGAACAUUGGGCUGGGGCCGUGGCGCUGGAGCAUCGCGCUCAAGAAGGACGCCAAGCCGCUGGACCAGCUGCCAGACUCCGAGCGCAAGGCGCUGCCUUUCUUCCUGUAUGCCUAUGCUGAUGGUGACAUCAUCGUGGCGCGCGGGCGGAGCGGCGGCCUGGCGGUCUGGACCCGCACGACUGCCGAGUGGGAGAUGAACGCUGGGGUUGCGCAGGUGUACAAGUGA